CUGGCCCCGUCCCAUGUUAUAAGGGACCUGCUGAUCCAAUCCUCGAAAUUCAAACCAACUAAUCCUUUUGCCAGUGUCUCGAGCGCUAUAUAUGCAUUUUGUUCAUCCUCCCAUGCUGAUCGUUGGUGCUGGGUCAGUGGGUCUGGUAGCAGCGUUGACGCUCCUCCAAAAAGAUAUCUCAGUUCGGAUCAUCGAUAAAGAUCUCCACCCUCGCAUCGGACAGCGUGGUUCCAGAAUAUGGCCCCGCUCCCUCGAACUCUACAACUUCCUGGAUGUUUCAGAUGUCAAUAAUCUGGGGAUAGCAGCCCCUCUCCGUUCAUACAAGCCCGGGACGUUGGAACCUGUGAAAGACUCAUCGAUGGUCCUGCAUAUAUAAAUUACCCCAGCAAUACCAUUUGUGCGCAACACUAUUGUAUAAUCAAACCUUUAUGUCGCAUGUUCCCAGAACGACGGGUCGACAACGUUACAACUCCUAGAUGUAAUUCUGCGACGCCACCU